UUCUUGUUUUACUCGUUCUUUCAGAGAUCUGCUCGUUGCUUCGGUUCUUUGGCUUUGCCUCGAUUCGUGAAGAUGAUUGAUGAUGAACAGCUGGGAUUUCUUGCAAAUUUUCUAGGAAUUUUUAUAUUUGCGCUGGUAAUCGCUUACCAUUAUGUGAUGGCUGACCCAAAGUAUGAAGGAAACUGAGAAAAGGGUAUGCAGAAAAAACUAAGUCAUGCUACUUUUAGAUAAGAUCUUACAGAUUUUACUUCUACUGUGGUACUAAAUCUUGGCAUUUAAUCUUUUUUCUAAAGAAUUUUGGCAUGUUACCAUUGUUCUCCACAACUUAUAGAUUUGCUGCUUAUAAUUAUUU